AUGAUAGUUCUCGUAGGUGUAUAUUCCCCUGUUGAGAAGGAGCAGAAGGCGAUGGGUUUGGGGAGUCGAAGGGCAUGGGACGUACAUGCUAUGCAUGGGAGUGGUCGCGAAUCGGAAGGUCGUUUGCACGCGGGACUAUUUAUGUUCAUUGCUAGUGAUAUCGAUUAUUCCCAUGAGUGA